ACAUCAUUCUCGAUGGCAUCCGUAAGGGGGGUAUCGGGCAGCCGUUCGCCCAGAACUCCAUUUUCGGAUGGGUCAUUUCAGGCCCCAUCACUUCAUCAGAGACGGAUGCACGCGGCAAUUUAACAACUCAUUCUGUUAAAUGCGCUCUCGCGAGCAUUACUGCACAUCAUGUAUUCUGCUCUCUUGCCCUCGAGCAAGAGCUUCGUCGAUUUUGGGAAGUCGAAGAACUUCCCCGACAAUCAAUUCUCACUCCUCAAGAAAAGCAAUGUGAAGAACAUUUUCGCGGGACCCAUUCUCGCGACGCUACCGGGCGAUACGUAGUACGCCUCCCCUUCAAGCACGGACCUCCGAUCGCUAUCGGUGCUUCCCGAAUUCGUGCCGAGCGAUCACUUAAUGCGCUGAUGCGUCAGUUUCAAACUAAGCCGGCGCUAGAAACGGAAUAUCGAGACUUUCUGACGGAAUAUGAAAGUCUCGGUCACAUGCGACCGGCAAUAAACUCUGAAGCUCCGCGCGAACCACAUGUAUACAUUCCGCAUCACGGGGUGUACCGCGAAAAUAGCACAACAACACGCCUCCGCGUUGUAUUCAACGCUUCGAGUGUUACUUCGAACGGCACAUCGUUGAACGAUUUUCUACACGUGGGUCCAAAGUUACAAACGGACAUCACGUCUGUUAUUUUACAAUGGCGACGAUACAAAUACGUAUAUUCGGCCGAUAUCGCGAAAAUGUAUCGCCAGAUCCUCGUCGAUCAUCGCGAUGUCAAUUAUCAAAGAAUUCUGUGGGCAUCAUUACCGUCGAACUCUCCAACCGAAUAUCAAUUAUUAACGGUUACCUACGGCAUGUCAUGUGCGCCGUUUCUAGCACUUCGGGUUUUGAAACAACUCGUCGAAGACGAAGGUCAACACUUUCCGCUCGCGAUCCCUAUUCUCCGCGAUAAUAUUUAUGUCGAUGAUGUGAUAUUCGGCGCCGAUACUCCGGAUGUUGCUAGGGAGAAACGAGACCAGGUCAUUUCGAUAUUGGCCAGGGGCGGCUUCAAACUUCGAAAAUGGGCGAGCAAUUCGCCCUCUCUUCUGGCCGACAUUGAUCUAGCGGACCACGGUUUGGCGGGAAAAAAGCCAUUAGCUCGGGACGAGCAACUCAAAAUUCUCGGCAUUGGGUGGAGUCCCGCGCUCGACAGUUUCGAGUUUAGCGUUUCAUUAGCAGCUACUGUACCGAUCAGCAAGCGUACAAUCUUGUCCGCUCUUGCAACUUUAUACGAUCCACUCGGCUGGGUCACCCCGGCAACUAUUACUGCCAAAAUACUAAUGCAGCAGCUUUGGCGCCUCAAAGUCGGCUGGGACGAUAAAAUCUCCGAGGCACUGUUGUCUCAUUGGACAGAAAUCUACUCUCGGUUCGCGUAUCUCAGCCAUGUAAAGAUACCUCGCUGGUGCGAGAUCGGCUCGGAGAACGGGCACGCGGAGCUUCACGGAUUCGCUGACGCGUCGAACAACGCGUAUGCCGCAGCGAUCUAUAUUAAAGUUAUCUCUGAAUCGCGCGCAAUUACGGUCACACUACUCGCCGGAAAAUCUAAGGUCGCGCCUUUAAAACCGCUCAGCAUACCUCGCUUAGAAUUAUCAGCCGCAUUGUUGCUCGCACGACUUCUUGAAUUCGUCCGUGAAACAAACGGGUAUCACGACCUCCCGUGUUUUUGCUGGACGGAUUCCACUAUCGUUCUCGCUUGGGUGACGCAGCAUCCGUCGCGAUGGAAGACGUUUGUGGCUAAUCGCGUCAACGAAAUUCAGUCGCGCCUUCCGAACUGUCAAUGGCGACAUGUGUCAACCGAAGACAAUCCCGCUGAUUGCGCUUCGCGGGGAAUAUUCGGUGACGAGAUUAUAAAUCACGCGCUCUGGUGGCGCGGUCCUCCUUGGUUGCAAUUCGAUCCCGAUAAAUGGCCGAGUCCCGAUCCGUGUAUCGCGCCGACUGCUCCUCUAGAAGAACGAAUUGCUUCUCUGCAAUGUUCUCAACGGCGUGAUCCGUGGGAUCUGGCCUCGAGAUAUUCCUCUUGGCCAAGAUUAAUUCGCGUUACCGC